GUGCUGUAGUCUAGCGCGCAGAGUCGGAAGGUGCUGGCUGCGGGGCCGGUUUCCCAACUCCAGGUACGCAGGUUUCCCGCAGCUGGCUCUCGGCUUUUCUCUUUUCAGCCGCGGAGAGAGUUCAGGGCUGCAGAAUCGAACCUUGACAAUGGACCUGGUUGGUUUUGGUUAUGCAGCCCUGGUGACGUUCGGAAGCAUUUUGGGAUAUAAGCGGAGAGGUGGUGUUCCAUCUCUGAUUGGUGGCCUUUUUGUUGGAUUUCUGGCUGGCUAUGGAGCUUACCGGGUCUCCAAUGACAAGCGAGAUGUAAAAGUGUCGCUGUUUACAGCUUUCUUCCUGGCCACCAUAAUGGGAGUGAGGUUUAAGAGGUCCAAGAAAAUAAUGCCAGCUGGGCUGGUUGCAGGUUUAAGCCUCAUGAUGAUCCUGAGACUCGUCUUACUGCUGCUCUGAGGAUCCAGAGGAAUUGAAAACUUAAGAUCAUGUCAUUCGCUGUAACGGGCAGAGCCUACUCCUUGUAUUGAAAAGAUACAUUUCAAUAUGGAAUGUUCAGUAUGGUCUUAUCUUGUUAGAAACUGCAAAAGAAACUGUCACCUGUGAUAUAGACAUGAGUUUGAGGGAUUUUUUUUUUUAAAUAAAUAGUUUAACUGUUUUCUAAUUGUCAGGUACUGGGUUUGUUAAAGAUAUUUAAUACAUCACGAUACACUAUUUCAUUUGCUGUGUCUAGUUUAUAUUAUAUAUAUGUGGUCUUUUUUGAUUGUUACAAAUAAUCAUGUCUGAAGUAAGUUUAAAUUAAACUACAGCUUAUCAGAUGAUGGAACGCCCUAAGUGGGCUUCACAAAUGCUAAUGUGUCUAUUUGUCAUUUGUGUUUUAUUCAAAAUUAUAUUUUUUCCAUUUUAAUUGUAUUACUGCCAGUGGUUUUUUCCUUUAAAAGAAACUUAAAAAAAAAAAAAAAGGACAAAUGAACUUAUAUAUAAAACAGAAACAGACUCACCGACAUAGAAUACAGACUUGUGGUUGCCAGACGGGAGAGGAGUGGGAAGGGAUAAACUGGGAGUUUAAGAUUUGCAGAUACUGACAGGUAUAUAUAAAAUAGAUAAACAAGUUUAUACUGUGUAGCACAGGGAAAUAUAUUCAAUAUCUUGUAGUAGUUUACAGUGAAAAAGAAUAUGAAAAUGAAUAUAUGUGUAUCCAUGUAUGACAUUGUGCUGUAUACCAGAAAUUGACACAUUGUAAACUGACUAUACCUCAAUUAAAAAAAAUAAAUAAACAAAAACUUCAUCUUCAACAAACUGUGUACUAACAGAAUGUCGUCAGUAUUCAAAUAAAAGCAUUCUGUUUUAAA